AUGCGCCAUGAGCUGCAGCCGAUGCCUGGCGAAGUUUUGGGUCUUCAGCGAAACAGUCCGAUGACAAAGUUCUUCAAGUCACUGAAGAACCUGCUCUGCAACUAUACCCUUAAGGAAAAGAUGUGCAGCAAGCAGCUGAGCACGAGUAACUCCUUUAAAUAUCACAUGCAUUGCAUGGCGAGGAUCGUCCCUAUGUGGACACGCAACGCAAACGAUGACCAUGCAACGCUUCACAAUCCCAACAAAUGUCGCACGUGCGGCAAAACGUAUCGUCAGGCCUCUUCGCUGCGCUCCCAUCUCUUGAGCCACACCGGUGUCAAGCCCUUCACCUGCGACAUAUGCGGAAAGGGUUUAACACAGAAGUCCGGCUACAAGAAGCACAUGCUGACGCAGACGGGCGAAAAGCCGCAUACCUGCGACAGCUGUGGACGCAGCUUCCGCUACUCCAGCAAUUUGAUUGCCCACAAACGUUCGCAUUCCCGCAAAGUUUGUGCCGUUGAUCAACAAAAGGAGCAGCUCGAAUAA